UCUUUCAUUUCUCAACAUGGCUGCAGUGAUGCACCUCACUUUACUAGUGUCCCUGUUUGCAGUUACAGGCUGUACAGUCACCAUCACUCCAUCUGCAGGUACACAGGAACCACAGUUAACCACAGAUGCUAGUUUGGCUGUGUUUGAUGAUAAUCCAUCCACUGUGCAACCCACCAACAGCACAACACAGCACCCAGAUACAACACACAAGAGUAGCACUGCAGCCACUUCAGAAAAAGUAUCAUCGUCACUAUCGCCCUUAACUUCCCAACAAACACCUAAUGGGACAGUGGAGACACAUCCCAGCAUCCUUCCUGAGACUACAAUGACCAACCAGAUGAUCAACCAGACGAGCAACCAGACGAUCAACCAGAUGACCGACCAGAAUACGGACCAGAUGACGGACCAGACGACCAACCAGACGACUGACCAGAUAAUCAACCAGAUGAUCAACCAGAUGACCAACCAGACGAUCAACCAGAUGACCGACCAGAAGACGGACCAAAAUAUGGACCAGAUAAUCAACCAGACAACCGACCAGAUGACCGACCAGAAUACGGACCAGACGACCGAUGAGAUGACCGAGCAGAUAAUCAACCAGACGCCCGACCAGAUGAUGGACCAGAUGACCGACCAGACAACCGACCAGAUGACGGACCAGACGACCAACCAGACGACUGACCAGACAACUAUCCAGUUGACCAACCAGAUGUUCGAUGAGAAAAGCACUUUCACAUUUACAGACCCACCACCAGACAUCACAGGAGCCAGCAACCAAAAUGCAUCCCACCCAGUUUUUUCACAAGAAACUGAGGAACGUAAUGUGGAAUCAAGCCCUGGCCUUGCGGCCAUCCUCUGUAUCUUCUCUAUCAUCCUUGUCCUUGUGGUGGUGGUUGCCACACUGAAAUGCAUUAAAUCACCGAGGUCCAACUUUGAGAGGCUUGAAGAUUUGCCAAUGGGCACUGUAAACGAGGUGUCUCCAUUUGCCCAGUACGCAAAAUAACAGACCAGACAUUGUCACACACCGAAGUCCAGGAGGAGGAGUCCAGAAAUGUCAUCCACGCCAGCAGUGAUUCCACUUCUACACAACUCUCUGUCCUGCUCUUUACAAAACACUUUUGUCAGUGACAGUAAAUAUAUUUCCUGGUCAGCUUUGACCUUUGACCUGUUUAUUUGGUGGCUUGUGACUCUGCUGCUCUGAAGCUUAAUCAGAAAGGGAAUCAGCCUAAAAGGUACAAAUGUAACGUUUACCAAGUUGGUGAUGUCUAUCCUCAUAAGCACUUACAAUUCAUUAUUGUAUUUUUACAUUUAACAACUGUGGUUGUAAGAAUGAAAUGUAUUCCUUGAUGAUUUUUGGAUAUGCACAUUUACUUAGAUGUAUACUUUGUGUUAUC